AUGCGCGCUCCGAACACGAACACGACCAGCGAGCAGUUGCUACGAAUCUACGCUGCUGCUUCAUGGCUCCGGAGGGUGUACGAGGCAGCGGUAGCGGCAGCAGCGGCGGGGAUGCUGGAUAUUGCAUCCACGGCGGCGAGGAUCCUUGCGGGUCUCCGCGCGGCUGGUGCGGCUGCUAUCGGUGUGUACGGUAAAUCGGCGCGCUACCUGCGGAAGACGGUGGGUGCGCUGGGGUCUGUGGCCGGAAAGACGUGGGAGCUGGCAGGGACAGGCGUGUGCGCUGCAGGAGCAGCGUUGAAGAGGAUAGAUGCGAAAGCGUGGGAAGUGGGGGAGUGCAUGCUGCUGCCGGUCGUGCGGCGGACUGCGGACCUGCUGCAGUGCGUCGCCUCGCGGGCGGCGGAGGGAUGCAGAGAGAUCGCUGGCAAGAUCAGCGAGGCGUCACGAGCCAUCACCACGCAAGCCCUCGCCACCUCUCGCUCCAUUACCGGCGCGGCGGCCUCGAAGUCGGAAUCACUCGCGGCGCGGAUGCGGGAGCACUGGCGGCAGCACGUAAAGCCGCGGAUCAUCGCGGCUAUCCUCGAGCUCGGUAUCCGCUCCGGCGGUGUGGUGAAGCGGGUGAAGCUUGUCUGCUCACGGACGAACACCCUGUUCCGCGCGGAACUCCGGCUUCUCUUGGGGAUGGUUCCCCCCCUUCGAGCCCGAGCCUCCGCCCUCGCCACGGCGCUCGCGGUGAAAACGCAGCCGGCUUGCACGUCGCUCGUCUUCGCGGUUAAGAAGGUGGUCCUGCGGAUGAGACUGAGGCUGGGAGCGCCGGCGUCAAGGCAGCAGCAGAGGGGCAGUACCUACAGUCUGUAUAUGAACUUCAUUACGAGUAAGAGGUUGGAGAGUCCAGCGGUCCGGAUAUUCAUCUGCAGUUCACGGGAAGAAAGGUCGAGUGACGUGUGGUGA